UAGGGGCCAAUUUUCAUUUUUGAAUUCUCGUUUUUUUCAUCCUCCCCUUCUUUUACUCUGCCAUAUGAGGGUUUUUUUUUUUGAGGGACCAAUUGUACUUUGUAUUAAAUUUUUCCAUAAAAUAUACCAUGAUACUAGAAUUUUUUUUUUAGAUUUCAGCAAAAAUCAGCGUUUUUCCCCGUAAUUUUCUUUCCCAUUUAGUAGAUAAACAAUGUGAUAUUCUAAUAGGUUAGACAAUUCUGCAUUUGGCGAUACCAAAUAUUUCAUGGGAAAAGGAGGUAAUUAGAAUUUUUUUUAAGUAUUCAUCCUGAACAAAACCUCAAAGGCCAUGAGUUUUCUUCUGCCAAAACUGAGUAGUAAACGUGACGUAGAUCAAGCGAUAAAAACGACGGCGGAGCUGGUCUUGGUUCUCCGGUUUGGAAGAGAUGAUGACUCUGUCUGUCUGCAGCUCGAUGAUAUUCUUGCCAAGACAUCACAGGACCUAAGAAAAAUGGCUGUCAUUUAUCUUGUUGACGUGGAUAAAGUGCCAAUCUACCGCCAGUACUUCGAUAUCAGCUACAUCCCAUCUACUGUCUUUUUCUUCAAUGGGCAACAUAUGAAAGUGGACUAUGGGUCGCCGGAUCAUACCAAGUUUGUGGGAAGCUUCAAGACGAAACAGGAUUUCAUUGACCUCAUUGAAGUGAUUUACAGGGGAGCAAUGCGUGGAAAACUCAUUGUACGAAGUCCUAUAGACCCUAAGAACAUUCCAAAAUAUGACCUUUUAUAUCAGGAAGUUUAGAAUGGCCAAGGGCAUCAUCACACAAUGAAGAGAAAAUGUCUAUUAUUUAUGUUACUAUAUCAACAAAUGAAAUGGUCCGAAAAUUGGGUGAAGACGACUCUGGAAUCCUGAGAAAAGUGGGGUGCCAUCGCCAUCUUUUCUUUAUGCACUUUGAACCUUUGAUGCUUUCAUUUCUGGGAAGAACUACUUAUAGACAAAGGGUGAUGUUGUAUAUAGGGUAGCUUUCA